AGAAGUAAAUUGAACCAGAGGUUUCAUAUGCUAAACUUUCUUAUAUGAAUAUUUGAUUUUUGAAUUUUUCUGGGAUGUAAAUUGCUUCUGGAGUUGUGAAAUUUUGAUAUGAAAAACUGAUUAUUGUAAGCAGUUGUACAAAUUGCAAUAUAGCUUAUCAAUGGAAAUCCUCAAGACUUUAUGGAAAAGUCCUAUUGGUCCCAAAACGACUCACUUUUGGGGCCCUGUUUUUAACUGGAGUCUUCCUAUUGCGGCAUAUGUAGACAGAAAUAAACCACCUGAACAAAUCUCUGGAAGGAUGACAGGAGUUUUGUGCGUUUAUUCUGCGUUGUUCAUGAGGUUUGCAUGGAUGGUUCAGCCACGCAACUUACAUCUUUUAGUGUGUCAUGCUGCAAAUGAGACUGUGCAACUCUAUCAAUUCUCACGCUGGGUAAAUGCUCAAGGGUCCUCACCGCAGCAGGAAAAAGAGGAACCUGAAAGCUGAGAGACAUGAUCGAUCCAGAUGCUAUGGAAGAAUGUUUCCUUGCUUGGAUCUCUGUCAUCUUUUGAAUAAAAAUGGUCUCUGUCAGAAGAUUCAACAACUUAUUAGUUGGUCUAUAAAAUUAACCAUGUAAUAGCCAUAUUGGAAAAGAACAAAGCAGAUGAAGGAUUGGCCAUUGUGGCUUAUAUUCUCAGCUUUGGCAUUCUCCAUGUAAUGUAAGAACCUAUCUAUCAUAUUUUGUGCACAUAUUUUCCCCACAUGGAAAAGCACAAGGGGAGAACUUUGAUAUAU